AUGAUGGAAUCGUUGGGCUACAAGAGUGUGCUGGACAAGUUGACACCGCAAACGGUUAUUGAAGAGGUCAUCUCAACCUCAACACCACGCAUAGUGAUUAACGACACGGACGAGUCCGCUAGAGAGUCACCGCUGUACGUCAAUGGUUACAGAGAGGAGAGCGAGGAUGCGGUUGUUAACAGGCAGGAAUUGGAUGGCAGAUUUUUUGAAGGGUUGAAAGUGCUGGAGAACGAGGAUCACUUGCUCAACAUCAGUGAUGCCGCAUAUUGGAGAGCGUCAUCGCACAAGGCAGCGAAUCCGAUCACCAAUGUGCUGGAUAACGACCCAGAGUUGUUCUGGCAGAGUGAUGGUGGUCAGCCGCAUGUAAUCGAUGUGUAUUUCCAUCGCCAAAUGGACAUUGCGUUGAUCGCUAUAUACUUAUCGCUGCUGACUGACGAAUCCUACACGCCCAAAGUCGUGAAAGUGUACGCUGGGGACAGUCCCUCCGAUGCUACACUGUAUAAAAUUAUAGAGGUGGAGAAACUGAACGGGUGGCUGGCGUUGACCUUUGAGGACAACAGACCGGCGGAUUCGUUGCUCAAGUGCAGGUUUCUACGAUUCACGUUCCCUGUCAAUCACGAGAACGGGAAGGACACCCAUCUACGUGGAAUCCGUGUUUUCUCGAGGUCUGGUGGUGGGAGGGGCGCUCCAAGAGGUCUCAUCACUGGGACGCAAGAAGAACUCAUCGAUACUACCGGUGGAACGCUAUUCAACGGAUACUAUUCGAUCCGGUGA